AUGGUUUCUGUAAAGCAACUCGGAUUGGCAGCGGCCAUCCUGUCCAUCUGUGGACUUGGCCAUGCGGAACGUAACAUUACCUCUGAUACGUACUUCUAUGGCCAGUCUGAGCCUGUGUACCCGUCGCCAUCUGGAAAGGGGACGGGCGAUUGGGCUGAGGCAUAUGAGAAGGCUGCGGCUAUGGUUGCGAAGAUGACGUUGGAAGAAAAGAACAAUCUUACCUAUGGAGUUGCAACUACGGAGAAUGGGUGCUCUGGAAUCCUGCCGUCGAUUCCUCGCCUUGGUUUCACGGGAAUGUGUCUGCAAGAUGCGGGAAAUGGUGUUCGAAACACCGACUUUGUCAACAGUUAUCCCAGUGGCAUUCACGUCGGUGCCAGUUGGAACAAAUCUCUUGCCCACGACCGCGGUUGGUACAUGGGUGGUGAAUUCAGGAAAAAGGGUGUUCAGGUGGCUCUGGGGCCUGUUGUUGGGCCUCUGGGGAGAACCGUAACCGGUAUCUCUAACGACCCUUAUCUGGAUGGUGCACUCGGUGCUGCUACCGUGCAGGGCGUGCAGGGCCAGGGUGUGAUCACCAGUGUCAAGCAUUUCAUCGCCAACGAGCAAGAAUUGUACCGCAACCCCACCAUCAACUCGAGAAAUGAGUCCGUAGAGUCGAUUUCCAGCAAUAUCGACGACAAGACAAUGCAUGAGCUGUACCUUUGGCCUUUCCAGGAUGCGCUCAAGGCGGGAUCUGGCAACGUGAUGUGCUCCUACAACCGCGUCAACAACUCGCACGCCUGCCAGAACAGCAAGACCCUCAACGGACUCCUCAAGACCGAGCUCGGCUUCAAUGGCUUCGUCGUGACGGACUGGGAUGCCCAGCACUCCGGCGUGGCCGCAGCCCAGGCCGGUCUUGACAUGGCGAUGCCGGAUGGCCAAUCGUUCUGGGGCGACAACUUCACCGAUGCGAUCGCGAACGGCAGUGUUCCCGAGUCUCGUCUGACCGAUAUGGCAACUCGUAUCAUUGCAGCCUGGUACAAGAUGGGCCAAGACGAAUCGAGCUACCCUGCACCCGGCGUUGGUAUGCCGUACAAUGUGAGCGAGCCUCAUACUAUUGUCAACUCCCUCACCCGCGACGCAAAGCCUACUCUCUAUGACGGCGCCGUCGAAGGCCAUGUUCUGGUCAAGAAUACAAAGAAUGCUCUGCCUCUCAAGUCCCCAAAGCUCAUCUCCGUAUUUGGCUAUGACGCUAAAGCUCCGGACGAGUACAUGCCCGACGGAAAGUCUCUCUUAUAUAACCCGUGGGGCAUUGGCUAUUCGCCAGCGAUCUUCCAGAUGGGCGACCUCUUUUCUAUGACUGUCAUCAAUGAGCCAUAUUACUUUCAGGUGGCAUUCAACGGCACCCUCAGUGUUGGUGGUGGAUCUGGUGCCAACUCUGGUCCCUAUCUGAGUGCUCCUCUCGAUGCUCUUCAGCAGCGAGCCUACGAAGACAACACCGUUGUUAUGUGGGACACUACGAACAACCCGAGUUUUAUGGGAUUGAUGGAGGCUUCAGACGCUUGCCUCGUCUUCAUCAACGCUUUCGCCACGGAGGGCCUGGAUCGAGCUGGUGCUUACGAUGACUAUUCGGACGAGCUUGUCAACAAGGUAGCCAAGACCUGCUCCAACACCAUCGUUGUCAUUCACAACGCCGGUACUCGUCUGGUCGAUCAAUUUGCAGAGAACCCCAACGUGACCGCCAUCGUCUUUGCUCACCUGCCAGGCCAGGACUCUGGUCGCGCGCUGGUGUCUCUACUCUACGGCGACGAGAACUUUAGCGGAAAGCUCCCCUACACUGUCGCUAAGAGCCAGUCCGACUACUAUUCCUUCUUCCACACGGGGGCUGUUACCCCAUACGGACUCUUCCCACAGUCCGACUUCACUGAAGGCGUGUAUACUGACUACCGUUACUUCGACCUCCAUGACAUCACGCCUCGAUACGAGUUCGGCUUCGGUCUUUCAUAUACCACCUUCUGUUUCUCAGAUCUUCAUGUCUCCCCCGUGAAACAUGGCAUUUCCGCUUAUCCUACCGGUGCUAUCGAGCAAGGUGGUGCCGUUGACUUAUGGGAUACUGUAGCUACCGUCACCGCCACUUUGCGCAACACCGGAGACAAAGCUGGUGCCGAAGUAGCCCAGGUCUAUGUCGGUAUUCCCGGAAGGCCUGUUAAGCAGCUCCGCGGAUUCGACAAGGUUCAGAUCCCGGCCGGUGGCUCUGCCGAGGUCUCUUUCCCCUUGACUCGUCGUGAUCUCAGCAGCUGGGAUGUCGUUGCUCAGAAGUGGCAGCUGCAGAAUGGAGAGUACAAGAUCUAUGUUGGCUCAUCGAGCAGAGAGCUUCCUCUCAUGGAUACCUUGACGAUUGUCACCAGCUCGUGA